UCGCCGGUAACGUAACGUGAAGUAACGAUUUUUAUUCAUUCCUUAACCUCGCCGGUGGGAAGAAAAAAGAGCUUGUUUUCCAACUAUUAUAUGUUCGGUAUCUAAUUUAAGUCUUCAUCGUCCCCCGUCAAUGGCUGCCGAGGGACGGCCUCAAGCUUCAUCUUCUCUACCGCCGCGCAAAAUCAAUGUGCAGAAAUUCGCCGAAUCCAGAGCCGCCGAACUCGAGUCUCUGUACUCCACAGUUGCCAAUCGAGUCAAUAGCGAUUUCCGAUCACGAAGAAACAAGAGGAGGAGAACCACGGCGUUCGAUAAUCAAGUUGCAAAGAAGAGAUUCAGGAAGAGGCAGAAACUGAGUAAUGUCUCUGCUUCGAAGAAAGAAGAGAAGCAGGUUGCGGUACCUCGCCGCAUUCGUCGGAGGCAGGAACUUAAGAAGAAUCCUGAAAUCGGCUUCUCUACUUCAGGGGAUGGAACCAAAAGAUUAAGGACGCAUGUUUGGCACGCAAAACGUUUCACCAUGACAAAGUUGUGGGGUUUUCACCUUCCUCUUGGUUUGCAUGGCAGAGGGAGGGGUUCUCGGGCUCUGCUGAAGUGGUUUAAAGAAGGAGUGUUGAUUCAUGACGCAAGCUAUCAUGUUGCUGUCCAGUUGGAAGGACCAGAGGAUUCAUUGAUGGCGGUAUUACAGAUGGUUCUGACCCCUUCGCCACCAGCCCUAUCUGAAAAUGCGUCUCGUUCAAUUCUUUCUGGUCUUACUUAUAGAACUGCUAUGCUUCAUCAUGUUGGAGCACCUCAUUCACAGCCAAUAGCUCCUGUGACCUAUAUGUGGCAACCUCACGAGACUGAUACACAGGGUGAUGGUAAUAGCCAUAAUUCUGUCGAAUGUAAUGAGUCAGAUCAAUCUGAGUGUCAUUUGUGCUUUCGUCAGCUUUGGCUCUGGAUUCAUGCCUCGGCUUUUAGUGAGGGAUAUGAUGCUCUGAAGUUUGCUUGUGAAAAACAGAUGAAUGAGAGGGGGAUUGUGAUUAAUUGUUUUUCACGUGAAGGGCAACUUGCAAAAUUGGAGUUAAUUGGACCAAAGGCAUUUCAGCUGCUUAAGAAAACAUUUCAUCCUGUUAAUAGCAAUUCAGAGGAUUCUUGGCAAUUGCAAAAAUGUUCUGUUGCGAAGGUUGAUAAUGAUUCUGCAGUUAAGAGCUUCUUUGUACCUGAAAAUGAGGAAGAUGUCCAGUCUUGUGCAGUUUUAUCUUUUACUGUCAAGGAUCCUCGUUCCUUUCUAGAUAAAAUAACUGGAGGUGUUCCUGGACCAGCUUCAACCAGUGAAAUACGGGUAGUUGAAUCCAAAAGACAUGCUACUGUAACUGGAAUUUCUGACAAAAAUGAAGAGUUAGUAUCAAUCGCAUGGCAAGAACCUACAAUAAGCUACGGUUCAUCCAAUGAGAAGAAUUUAUGGGAUGCUAGCAGUGGAAUAAGUCCCCCAGAGGAGGAACAUGUAGUUUGUAUGGAGAGGCACCAACAGCGGAUGGAUAUGUUCUGCCUUGAUAAUUCAAAAUUAGGGACACUGAAGACUUCAAACAAGGUGCAUUGCUCAAGAUCUUGCCCUAUCGUGAUUCUGAAAAACAAUAACCAAAAGAACUUGUGUUCACGAUGGUCUGUUAUACUCCCUUUAAGUUGGGUCAGAGUCUUCUGGCUUUUUCUUGUCUCCAAAGGAGCCCGCACAAUUGGUCAGAGGGAGAAACGCUGGAUUGCUUGUGAAAUUGGGUUGCCACAUUUUCCUUCAGAUUUCCCUGAUUGCAAUGCAUACUUAUCCCUUAAGGAAAUUGAAGCUGCUGCCUUUAUGCAAAAUGCAGAAAAGCAUCCUCCUGCUGUUCGACCUUUAAGAGUUCCCAUUCCAUCCCCAUGGAAUGUUGUCCGUACUGCUUUUGACAAAGUAUCCAUCAGAUUACAAGACACUCAAAUUUCUUGUGAGGAAAAUAGGUUUGAUGGGGAUUCAUUUACAGGAUUGAGUUAUGAAAAACGUGAUGCAGCAUGUAGUCUUUCAUUUGAUGGAAUUAUAGCAAGGACAUCCAAUAGACUGAACAACUUCUUGAACAGCAUCUAUGCUGAUCAAUUGCUUUUAUUUCCCCAUGUUUCUAACAGAAACAAUAGUCUUUUGAAGUUUAUGAAAGAUGAAAGCUUGCUUAGCAAGAACACUGAUGAGAUUAGACAAAUAAGUCAAAAUUGCAAGCUUUGUUUUUUGAGAGUUCAUCUCCAUGCAUACAAGGAGGGUGUCUUUGAAGAGGGAGCAGUAGUAUGUGCCCCCUGUCUCAAUGAUAUAUCUUUGUGGACUUCAAGCUCAGGAUGCAAUGAGGGUAGACUCAAAAUGUCUCAGUCCUCUGUGAGCUCAUACUUUAAAGAGCAAUCUUCUGGUGAGUGGGAACUCCAGCAAUCCGAGGAUCCUACUUCUAGAGAAUCUUAUAGGUGGCCAAUCGGUUUCGUGACAACUGGAUUUGUUAGAGGGUGCAAAAAUCUAGUGGCAGAGGCAUUUUGUGAGGCAGCCUUGCUUGCUCGUCUAAGAGAGGAACAGUGGAAAGGGAUGCAGGUCAAGCAGAGGAGGAAAGAGAUAUAUGUCCUUGUUAGAAACCUUAGAUCAUCUGCAUACAGACUUGCUUUGGCUACCAUUGUCCUUGAACAACAGGAAUACGAUGUUGAGUUCAUGUGAAAUACAGCCUACUGUUGAUUAUUAGUACAUGGUAGCAGGAAAAGAGUUAGUAAAUCGAUUAAUUUAUUUAUAGUGAAGAACAGUAGGUUUAUUUCGGCCACGACAAAGACAAACAAUCCCCAGCAGUUCUUUUAUUUGACCCAAAUGCUGGUAUUGAAUGUGAAAGGUAAGAGCUUCUUCUGUAGUUCGACGGUUUUCAUGCCGGAAACAAUUUUGAUCAGUUAUUCAAGAUUCUUUUGUUCUAUGAUUUCUUCAGUUUUUAUGGCCAGAAAAGAAAAAUUAAUCUCUCUU